CAUUUACAGCAUUGAUGUGUCAUUACUUCUAUGCCAGCGUCAUUCUCUGGCCUCUGAUUGGCUGGACUUCUCAUUAGCUGAACUUUGGGCGGUGCAGCUUACCCAAGGUAUCUCGGAGCAAGUACUACUUAAGAGAAAUGAUGUUGAACACAACCCUUCCCAUUUUCAAUGGCUCGCUUCAAGUUGGAAGAUUUUGAUAUUCAAAUCCUUUUGUUUCUUGCCUCCAUUCUCAACCAGAGCACAGUAAUCUCCGUAUUUCUUCUUCUCACCCUUGUGGUCCGCAUCCUCGUAUGGCCUUUGUUGCCACCCUUGAUGCCGACCGCACGUCUUGUGGAGCUCAAAUCAGUACUGAAGACGAUCUACCCACUACUCGAAAUGCAAAGCCCGUUAUCUAAUAAUUCACGUAUCCACCUUAAUGAGUUCGAGCGGGAGGUCCUUGCAUUGUUAAGGGUGCGCUUGAAUGUACAACGGCGAUUAAUUCUCGGCGGGUACUCCUGGAAGGAAUAUUUUCUUGAUAUGUGGAAUAUCUGGCAUGGGGCUCAAGCCUGUCGAAAAAGGAUCGAUGUGUUUCGGGUUGAAUUGGAGAUCGGUAUUGUAGAAGACUGGGAGGUUAGGCAUGAGGAUAUUCUGCGCCAUUAUGGAAUGAAUGAGGUAACGAGGUCAACCACAGUUUCCCUACAAUUCCGUGAUCCCUACCGUGCCGUGUAACACUACCUGUCUACAUACCAAUAUUUAUUAUUGACCAUGGAGGCUGACCGGUUUAUGAAAUCCUUGCG